AUGGAGAGAACAAGGGCGUGUUUGGUUGCUUUGGCCCUUGCGACCCUAUGUGGCGUAACUCAAGUGAGAUCCAGUGCUUCUGAUCAUCUUUACAAAGCUGGAGAUGAAGUUCCUUUCUAUGCUAAUAAAGUCGGCCCGUUCCGCAAUCCCAGUGAGACAUACCGUUACUUCGAUUUUCCGUUCUGUUCCUCAGCCCUGGUGAAGAAGAAGAAGGAAGCUUUUGGCGAAGUGUUGAAUGGCGAUCGGCUAGUGAGUGCCCCUUACAAAAUCGACUUCUUGAGCGAGAAAGAUGCUGAAAUUGCUUGCCAAACGAAGCUCUCAAAGGAAGACGUCGCCAAAUUCAGAACCGCCGUCUCUGAAGACUAUUACUUCCAAAUGUACUACGAUGACCUUCCGAUUUGGAGCUUCUUUGGCAAAGUUGAUAAGGAAAGCAUGACCGAUCCGAGCAACCAUAAGUAUUAUCUCUAUAAGCGUCUCCUAUUUGACAUCUUUUACAAUAAAGAUCGUGUUAUUGAGAUUCAUGCUCGAAGUGAUUCCAAUGCCGUGGUCGACCUCAACGGAGAUGAACCAGUCGAUGUGGAUUUCAUGUACACGGUUAAAUGGAAGGAAACAGGCUCUCCUUUUGAGAAACGGAUGGGCAAGUACUCGAUGUCUUCAAACCACUUGGAAAUCCAAUGGUUUUCGACCCUUAAUUCAUGUGUUAUCGUUCUGUUAUUGACUGCUUUCCUUGCCACCAUUCUUAUGCGCAUCCUUAAGAAUGAUUUCAUGAAGUAUACACGUGAUGAGGAAUCAGCAGAUGAUGAUGAUGAGACUGGGUGGAAAUACAUUUAUGGUGAUGUGUUCAGGUACCCAAAGCACAAGUCUUUAUUUGCUGCAGCUCUUGGAUCUGGUAUCCAACUCUUUACUAUUGCAAUUUUCAUUUUUAUCCUUGCUAUGGUUGGGAUCUUUUAUCCAUAUAAUCGAGGAGUUCUGUUAUCUACUUUGGUAGUCAUUUAUGCCCUUACAUCUGGAAUUGCUGGCUACACUGCAGCUUCUUUCUAUUGUCAGCUAGAAGGAAUAAAUUGGGUGAGAAACUUAUUACUGACAGGAAGCUUGUUUUGUGGACCUCUUUUUGUCACAUUUUGCUUUCUUAACACCGUAGCAAUUGCUUACAAAGUCACUGCAGCAUUGCCAUUUGGAGCCAUUGUAAUGAUUUUUCUCAUAUGGGGUCUGGUCACAUCUCCUUUAUUAGUAUUAGGAGGUAUUGCUGGAAAGAAUAGCAAGGCGGAGUUUGAAGCCCCGUGUCACACCACAAAGUGUCCUACAGAGAUCCCACAGCUGCCUUGGUACAGAAAAACUCUUCCUCGGAUGGCAAUGGCAGGGUUCUUGCCUUUCAGUGCCAUAUAUAUUGAGCUUUAUUAUGUGUUAGCCAGCGUGUGGGGACAUAGAAACUACACCAUUUACGGCAUCCUGUUUAUUGUCUUUAUCAUUCUCUUGUUUGUCACUGCUUUUAUUACCGUGGCUUUAACUUAUUUUCAACUUGCUGCUGAAGACCAUGACUGGUGGUGGAGGUCCUUCCUUUGUGGUGGGUCAACUGGGUUGUUCAUAUAUGCCUACUGUUUCUUUUACUACUAUGAGCGAUCUGACAUGUCAGGCUUCAUGCAAACCUCAUUCUUCUUUGGCUACAUGGCUUGCAUUUGCUAUGGCUUCUUCCUCAUGCUUGGUGCCAUAGGCUUCCUUGCAUCUCUGUUCUUCGUUCGUCACAUCUACCUCUGUAUCAAGUGUGAGUAGAUGAAGUCGCAAAACUCUGUUCACAAGAGGAACAAAUGGGGACAUUGUGCUCUGCUUCAAAGCAGCAGGUGGAAGCGCGUGUGUUUGGGACGGGUAUGUUUUGCUGUUGCGGUGCCUUAUGAAAUAUGAAUCGUC